AUGUUUGGCCAGCGAAAUUCUGUUUACACUCCCUGGCCAAGGUCUGAAGAAUUUUCGAAAUGUUCUCAUUGUUUAAACACUUAUUUCACAAUGUCUUCUUCUCGGCAUAUUUACUAUGUCGCUCGUGAAAUGUUUAUCGCCUGUCUUUUGGCAGGUGUUGGAAUGGUAGUUGCGGGAUGUUAUAUUGAUAUGCUGAAGUCCUCCGGCACUUUAACUUCGAAAGAGGAAAGUAUUUUUGAGAUUAUUCCACCAAUUCUUGGACUGAAAGGAAAUUUAGAAGUUGCUCUUUCCUCUCGAUUAGCUACUGUGGUUCAUUUUCGAAGAAAGUUUAACGAACUAUCUUUCUGGUUGUUCACAACUACUCUGGCUUUUAUACUUGUUCUUGCUGUGUUUGCAAGCACAAUUAUACCUUUAGUGGUAAUAACGUUACAUAAAUCAUCGGGUACAUCUCAUUUCCCUGUUGAUCUUGUUCAUCUUAUCUGCAUUUCAUCAAUGACUUGCAUUUGUGCCACGUGUUUUAUAGGCGUUGUUGUUUACGCAAUAGUACGUGCUUGCGUCUUUUGCGGAGCGAAUCCUGAUAAUGUUGCUCCACCCGCAGCCGCCGCUUUGGGUGAUCUUGUGACUGUUUUGAUUAUUUCACAUGUGAACUAUUACUUUAUCAUGCAUCCAACUUUGACUGUCACCGUUGCCAUGUGCAUGAUUUCUGUGGUUCUUAUUUUGAGUAUAUCUUAUUUAUUAUACUAUUCAAAUGUCAACGUAUCUGGUGAUCUUCUCAGUCUUAUUAUUACACCUAAUACUUUUAAAGAAACUAUCAUUCCUUUAACUCUUGCAAUUAUCAUGAGUAGCAUUUGUGGGAAUAUAUCCGCCCGAUUUCUGAUAGAUUGGCCCAUUAUUGCGCGCCUUCAAGUCCCAAUAAAUGGUGUGGGGGGGAUUUUUGGUUCAAUGUUAAUUAGCAGAAUGACAACACGCCUGCAUUCAAUAACUUUCACAGUUGAAAAAGUCAACACUGUGAACUCUGAUAGAAAAUCUACAACUCAUAAUUCACAUUUCUACACAUCAUCUCAGUCAUUCGAAACAUUGGGAUCCUGUAGAAAAGUACUUGAAAUUCAUACUGAUGUUUCACGGGUAUCUAAACUUAUCAGAUUCCUGUGUGUCCCGUUACAUUUUGCCUUAACUUUAGUCAGUUUAACUGUCAGUUAUUAUUUAAAACAGGAUAAUUCUCCAAAGAUCACAUCACCUCUGCAGUUUGACAUUUUAUUUCCUUACCUCAUCGCUGGAUUCAUACAAAUAUGCAUACUUCUCGAGUUUGCGAAAUGGAUUGUUUUAAAACUUUGGAAAUAUUUACAUUCUACAAAACAUUUAAACUCUCAUGGUAAUGUUAUAUCCUUAGCAUCAAUUGAUUUCUCCGCUAUAGCUGUCACUACCGGUGCAGGUGAUCUGAUUGGAACAAGUUUAUUCAUUCUAUUUCUAUCUAUUAGUAAAUGGAUUAUAAGCGGUUGA